CUGCUGGAAUCCCUAGCUACCAGCUUAUCGUCCAGUUUGUCUUAUCAUCGAUGGGGGAUAGGGAUACCGUUUUAAUUACCUGGUACUCGAGUAUCAUCACACUGUGUCAUUGAUGUGAUGCAAUAGCGUUGCACAAGGCUGAAAUAAAUAUCCUGCAAGAACCCAUAUUUCAUAACUACCUACCUUUAGGUCCUACGUACCUACUUCAAUGUUCCUUGUCCCCAACGGCGCGUUUCCACCCGAUUUAUGCUGAAGUGCAACGCAGUUUCUAACGACCAUCAAUCUUUCGCAAUAGCUGUAUAUACCUUGUUAUCUGACUACCAUGCCGAAGGAGAAGAAUUUCAACCCGGUGCAGGCUCAGCGCAAAGCUGACAAGGCUAAAGCGCUCAAGAAAGGCAAGGCAGAAGCCGCCACCCGCCGAAAUGAGAAGCUCGCAAAACGAAACCCCGAGAGGUUGCAGAAGCAGAUCGACGACCUGAAGAAGAUUACCUCUAGCGGCGGCAAACUCACCAAGCACGAAGAAUCGAUACUAGAAGGGUUGGAACGCGACCUGAAAGCAGUUAAUAAGGCUAGGGAAGCACUGGGCGAUAAGGCACCAUCUUUUGGCCGUAGCGGUGGCUUUAGAGGCGACGGUCAAGGGAACAAUAAUGUGCUGGGCAAGCGAAGAAGAGGCGGCGACGACGGCCUAAGCAGCGAUAGCGACGUGCCAGACGAUGUUAAAAGUAUACCCAUGCCGCGAGACACGCCGCCGCCAAUUCCGAAGGAGAUAUUAGACAGAUGGUAUGCAAAACGCAGGGCAGCACGAAAUGCAAAUGAUACACCUCUGGGCGGUCAAGACAAGCAACCGCCGCCAACCGCGCCGGUAGAAUCUAAGACGGUAUAUGAAUCGAAGCCAAUAGUACGCGAUUUGCGUAAGGAAGCCGUUAGCGCAUUCAUGCCCACGGCAGUUCGGAUGAAGAUGGAAAAGAGCAAAGGCCACGGUGGUCUAAUGGAGCCUGAAGAAGCAGACCGUUUGGAGAAAGAAGGCUAUCUCAAAGCUACCCCAGCCCAAAAUGACGCGUCAGAACUCGCUACGACGACGACAGGGCCCCAAAAAGUUUCGAUGGAGGAAGUGGGAGACGAUCAAGAUUGAGCCUAUCGAAAUUCAAUAACCAUCCAACUUAUUCUCGCGGGUGGCCGUCAGAGUCGGGUCCGUUCCUAUUAGUUGA